CUGCGCAUGCGCCGCUGUGGCGACACUGUGGGCACUGGGCCGGGUGGCCAUGGCGGCGGGGGCGGCGCGCGGCGGGCGCUGGUGGCUGGGACUGGUGGCGCUUCUCUUGCUCGUCGUGCUGCAGCCGGCGGGCGCCGCCUCAGCCCCUGCCCUGCCCGUAGUCAUCAACACCUGGGCGUUUAGGAAGGCCGCGGAGACAGCUUGGCGAGUAUUGCAGUUGGGAGGUUCUGAGCUGGAUGCGGUUGAGAGAGGCUGUGGUCAGUGUGAGAUUGACCAGUGCGAUGGGAGUGUGGGAUAUGGAGGAAGCCCAGAUGAAAGUGGAGAAACAACCCUGGACGCAAUGAUUAUGGAUGGCAACACUAUGGAAGUUGGGGCAGUUGCAGAUCUCAGACACAUAAAAAAUGCAAUUGGUGUAGCACGAAAGGUCAUUGAAUACACUAAGCAUACAUUAUUAGUGGGAGAGUCAGCCUCCCUGUUUGCUGUAAGAAUGGGUUUUCCAUAUGAAGAUUUAACUACCCAAAAAUCUCUUUCGCUGUAUUCAGAGUGGCUUAAUCAAAGCUGUCAGCCAAACUACUGGAAGAAUGUGGUACCAGACUCUUCAAAAUCCUGUGGACCAUACAAAAGGCCUGAAAAAGUGACUUGUAAAGAAGAACAGACCAUCUCACAAAGAAGCGUUCAUAAUCACGAUACUAUUGGUAUGGUUGUAAUCGGUGGGAGUGGAACCGUUGUGUCUGGGACAUCUACUAAUGGUGCAGUCCACAAAAUUCCAGGCCGUGUAGGAGAUUCUCCGAUAGCUGGAGCAGGAUCCUAUGCGGAUAGUACUGCUGGAGGAGCUGCAGCUACUGGGGAUGGCGACAUCAUGAUGCGCUUCUUACCCAGUUAUCAAGCUGUGGAGUAUAUGAGGAUGGGAACAGAUCCAACAGUAGCCUGUCAGAAAGUUAUUUCCAGAAUCCAGAAAUACGCUCCAAAGUUCUUUGGCGCUGUUAUAUGUGCCAAUACAACUGGAAGUUAUGGUGCUGCAUGUAAUAAAAUUCCAGGAUUCACUCAGUUUCACUUCAUGGUUUCUAGCCCCUUGCUAAGUCAGCCAACGGAGCAAGUAGUAGAUUGCAUUUAAUUUCUUUUGUCUAAACUUAGAGGAGGAAAGUGCUGAGGCUCCCCAGGUGUUACUUUUUAAAAGGGUUGUUUAUUUUCACUGUUGUAUAAUCAUGUGAACAGGAACAAAAGUAUGUUGAUGGUACAGCUGCUACCUCACUGUUUUUACUAUCUUCUGCUAUAUUAUGGCUCUGUGUAGCACAACAGCUAAAUUUGUAGUCUCCUAAUGGAAUUAUCUUGGAAUGAUUGUAGACUGGUACUAUAAUCUAAAGCAAAGUUUAAAAAACUGAUUCUAUGUAGUUUGAGGGAAGCAAUCAUAGCUGCAAAAUUAUAGUUACCACUGACAGUUUCACAGUUAGCAUAAGCAAUUCAUCUCUGUUUAAAACUCUACAUCAAAGUGAAAUGGCUGAAAUUGAUGUGUUUCACUACUGAGGUCUCUCAAGUCAUUAAUUUAGUAGGCAUUACCUUACAUCCCAACUCGAUUUUUAAACUUUUGCAAACCUGAGAAUCAAACUGUGGUUCUAAGUACCACAAAAAGUUCUCUGUUGUGUAUUUACUUCUGAGUAAUGCCAAGUUUCACCUGCUUUUUGGGGAAAGUAGAGCUUUGGUCACUAGAAAAGAAACUCUCAAAGAGAGCUCAUAAAGUGGACAGGUGCUCAUAUGCAUGCAAAGAGACCAAGUGUCUAAUGGCUGUUAAUAGUCUUUUUUUCAUAAGAACUAAGUAGUGAAAAGUAAGGAAUAGCAAACAUUGAACUGGACCUUCACUUUGCUAUUUAAAAACAUAUUUGGCAGAAAUCUGGAUAAAGGGCAGGGAGCGGGAGGGGGUCUGCCUCUACACGCGAGACUUACUUUGAGAAUAUUUAAUAGUUGUUCUAAGAUUUAGUCCAGGUUUUCUUUUCCCUUGAAAAGAAAAUUGCAUGCAAAUGCUGACAACCAAGGAAGGAGGGUUGAAGAGUAGUGGAGCAGAUUUCAGAGCUUUAAUUAAGAGAUAAGGGGCACCUCCUUGUAGACACAACAUGUUUCACAAGAGCUGAGAAUACGUUAUAAUGGAGAGGACGUCCAAAUGCUCCUGGUAGUACAAGCCUUCAAGAAGUAUUGCGUUGACUCUAACUGGAUGUGAAGACAGGUGGAAAUCUUCCUGUCACCUUUUUCUUUGCAGUGGAAGUUAUGAAUCUUAAUCACAGUGAUUUCCUUGUCACUAAUGUGCUGUGCACUUGCCCUUUCCUAUAGCACACCUACCCCUGCAAAGGAGCAGUUGCAUACCUAGAGCAUGACAGUUACCUACAGCUGAUGAAGCUGGUUUGUCACUUUCUCUUUCUGUGCCCAGAGAUACCAGGAUUCAAUUGUAAUAGAACUUCAGCAUCUUGAGGAUUGUUCCAUGGGUAUUUGAAGACCUGUUUGAUCAUUUUCUUAACUUGGUGGCUUGCUGAUCGUUUGAUUGCAUCUUUGCUAAUCUUGAGCUAGGAAAAGUUAAAAGGGGGGAGCAAGUAAAAUGAGCAUGUCUUGUAAUAAACACUAAUUAUUCUUUGUCUACUUGAAUAAAAUAAUUGGGUAAUAAAAGCACA